CGUCAAUCACUUGAAGUUUGAUGAAAAAUUCUCAAAUUCUCUGCAUUUAAUCCCAAAAUGCAAGCGCCCUACGAAGAAGAAGACUCAGAAAUACCAGUUCCAAUUGAUAACGAGUUGGAACUCAGGAUUCACGACACUUUCAUGGCUCAUGAUCCCUCAGGUAAUAAGACAGCAGACGCCGAAACCCUGGCCAUAAUAAUAAGGGCCCUGGGCCUCUUUCCCACCAACGAAGAAAUCAGGGUCAUCGUGGAGAAGACCCAGAAGAAGAAGCAGCCUGGUACGGUUCACCUGGUGAGUUUCCUCCCCCACAUAGCCAAGGAGAUUCAAAAGGGCAAGUACAAACCAAGACCCGUAGACGAUAUUUUGCGGGCUUUCCAAAAGUUGGACCCCGAAAACAACGGGUAUCUCACCAGGGAGCAGUUGAAGACGUUCAUGACCCAAUACGGCGAACCUUUGGACGAGGAGGAGAUGGAGGAGAUGCUGGAAGUGGCGUACGACGGUUUCGACAAGAUAGUGCACUACGAGGAGUUCGUGAAUAAGCUGUGGUAUCGUCCGAAGGGGGAGGAAGAUAUAUUUGUGUUGGCUGACAGGAUCGAAGCCGAGAAACCGCCUCCCGUGGUGGAGAGCAAGAGGAGGUUCUCGCAGUUGUUCACCUCUCAGUCGAACCUCGCUAGGAGUCAGAGUCAAGCUGCUACCGAUGCUUCGAAGAAGUAGAUAUCGACACUGUUGCUCUUGAAAUUUCCUUCGAGUAGUUGUAACCAUAAAUAUAUGGAUGCAUUUUAUGUAUGUUCAAUAUGAAAACAGACAGAUAUGGAUAGGAAAAUCACAUUUUAUCAUAUCAUAUUUUUGUUUAGUUUUACUUUUCACUGCGAUAUUAAGUUAGUCAAUUUGAAAACCAAAAAUCGCUUAUAUCUCCAAAACGGCUCAUUUGCGGACCCAUAUGAUUUUUUUACUUACACACAUUGUCAUAAGUUUUGGCCCCUCUUAGU